UACCAUAAGUUAAAAUUAAUUGUUUGCACACAUAUGUCUAUUAGCCUUAUAAAAUAUUUUUUUAUUGUCUAUUUCUGUCCUUAUCGAAUUUUUCAUUCACAAUGGUACACAAAAUAGGGCCAACCCAUUUAAGUGCUGCGACCACCCAUAAAUUGUGGUGGCUGUUCGAUCAUUGGUAGCUGUUUACUUUUUACGAAAUGGAUGAAAUUCUGUUUCCCACGCAAAAUUCGUUAAGCGACAAUGAUGAUGGUGACUUAAAGUUCUUUAACACGGCCACAGAAAGCCGCAAAGACAGCGAAACAUCAGACACAGCAGACGUCGAUGGCAAGGACAUCAAACCUGACGCCGACGCAGAUGGUGAUUCCGGCGAGCCAUCUCAAAAGAAGCUGAAAACUAAAAAGGAGCUCGAGGAAGAAGAACGCGAACGCAUGCAGGUGCUAGUAUCCAACUUUACGGAGGAGCAACUUGAUCGCUAUGAGAUGUACAGACGUUCCGCUUUUCCAAAGGCAGCAGUCAAGCGACUAAUGCAGACCAUAACCGGAUGCUCGGUGUCGCAAAAUGUGGUAAUAGCCAUGUCCGGCAUAGCCAAGGUGUUUGUGGGCGAAGUCGUGGAAGAGGCUCUGGAUGUAAUGGAGCAGCAAGGGGAAUCAGGUGCGCUGCAGCCAAAAUUUAUUCGCGAAGCUGUGCGAAGGCUACGCAGUAAGGGACGCAUGCCCAUUGGUCGCUUUCAGCAACCGUAUUUUAGACUAAACUAGACUUAAGAAGUAAGUUAAAGCUUUUAGUUUUUGUAAGUGAAAAAAUGU